AUGGAGGCUCUGACCUCGCCUACACCAAUACUUGUAGCACUGUUGACUGCCAUCGUCUUCCUAUGUCGAGCCUGGCCCCGUGGGAUACACCCGAAGACGCUCCUCAUAGGACAAUCAGAGCAAUUCCCUCAAGUCACAGAAGCCCACGACACACAAGUUGUCUCUAAGGAAUCGGAUUUUCCUGAGAACUGGCUGAAUAGCAGUGAUAUCUUUCAACUCGAACGGCGCGCGGUGUUCGGCAAGUCAUGGCUGUAUCUUUCUCGCCGCAGCCAGUUCACGAAACCUGGCGAUUAUCAGUCCUUCGAGGUGGCCGGCUUCCCUAUCUUCCUCAUCCUGGGCAAAGAUGGUGAGAUUAGAGCUUUCCACAAUGUUUGUCGCCAUAGAGCGUACACGGUCGCGAAUAAAGAGCGAGGAAGUUCUACCGUUCUCGGAUGUCGCUACCAUGGCUGGAGCUAUAACACGAAAGGCGAGCUUACCAAAGCCCCUCAUUUUGAAAAUAUACUUGGUUUCGAUAAAUUACAGAAUGGUCUGUUUGCUAUUCAUGUUCAGCAGAGCACCGACGGCUUCAUCUUUGUGAAUCUCGAAGCCGAUGCGCCGGGCGAGUUGCUAGAGACCGACUGUCCGACCGACUUCGUGGAAUGUAAUGGGCCUAUAGCUCAGUCACGAUGGAUUGGGGGUAAGGCUAUCGAAGGAGCAUUCAAUUGGAAAAUGGCUGUCAUAUCUGAGAAGCAGUUCAGUACUACUGCAAUAUUGCCCGAACUUGCGCGACUUGUUCGCUCAUCAAUAUUGGCGAGAAUUAAGCAUUAUUUGAACGGGAAGACAGCGGGAAAUCCUGAUGUUCUGAUAUUUCCCAAUGUCUCGUUUCAUAUCAUCAAGGAUACCAGAUAUUGGUACUCUCUCACCUUCCAUCCGGCGUCUGAGCGAAAGACGCUGGUCCGAUAUGAUCUGUAUUGCUUCCAGAACACGGAUGGCGACGUCAGUUCUCAGUUGAUUUCGGAUAAGCUGAUUGAGAUGAUAACCCAACAAGUUACCGAAUUGGAGAAUAAAUAUCAGUUACAAGUCAGAAGAGCUGCGGAUAGCUCCCAGGAAGGUGUGACCGCAACGACAACAGAAGUUCGGGACUGUCGCUCUAGCUUGGGAAACUCAAAUUUGCAAAAGAUGAUCCUCGAGAAGCUGAAAAGGCAUUCUAAGCUCGAAAAGCUGCAAGGGAUGGAAGUGCAUCCUGCAAUGAGGCAGCCGCAAGUGACGCCAAAGUCCCAGCAGGCCGAUCGACUUUGCAGAGAGCUCGAAUGUCGUGGCAGGAAAGUCCCAAGUCUGGCCUGGUAG